UCUUUGAAUGACAGACACACGGGACCAUGAGGAACCUCAGCUUGCUCCUCUUAUGGGGGUGUUGUGGUUUAUGCAGCUCGCAUUUUUUCUCAACAGAAUCAACGACAACUGAUGUGAAUGAGUGUGAGGACACCACCAUAUGCCCGUCUUUUGCGAUCUGCACCAACACCAUGCAUAGUUACUACUGUACUUGCAAACAAGGCUUUCUGCCCAGCAAUGGACUAACUCAGUUCAGGGGCCCGGGAGUGACCUGCGAAGAUACAGAUGAAUGUUCUCAAAACCCCCAAGCAUGUGGUCCCAGCUCAAUCUGCAGAAACCUGCCGGGGAGGUAUAAGUGUAGCUGUUUGCCUGGUUUCUCUUCUCCCACUGGAAAUGACUGGACUUCGGUAAAGCUGGGCCGUUUCUCAUGUAAAGAUGUGGAUGAAUGUGCUGAUAUCAGAAUUUGCCCGGAGCAUGCGACUUGCAACAACCGUCCUGGAAGCUACUCUUGUGUCUGCAACCAAGGAUUUGCAUCCAGUAGUGGAAACACAAGCUUCCAGGGCUCAGGAGAGACAUGUGAAGAUGUGGACGAAUGUGCCAGGAACUCCACUCUUUGUGGCCUCAACUCCAUCUGUACCAACACCCUGGGAGGAUACCAUUGCUCCUGCCUGCCUGGGUUCUUUUCACCUGUUGUCUGGACCCCUGACAAACCAGAGGAUUUCAGGUGUACAG